CCCCGCGGCGCCACCACCAUGAGCACCGCCGCCUUCCACAUCUCCAGCCUCCUGGAGAAGAUGACGUCCAGCGACAAGGACUUCAGGGCCUUGGAGCCACCACAGUCUUGGCUUCAGAUUCCACUUCCCACCGUUUCCUGGCUGUGUGACCGUGGGCAAGUUACUGAACUGCUCUGAGCCUUAGUUCCUGUUCCUUCAAAACGGGGAUAGUAACAGAGCCACCUCAGGGUUGGUGUGUGAGGAUCAAAUGAGGUAGGAGCCGGGAGACAGUCAGCUCCAGGUUCAUGGCCACCAGCGACCUGAUGUCAGAGCUGCAGAAGGACUCCAUCCAGCUGGACGAGGACAGCGAGUGCAAGGUGGUCAAGAUGCUCCUCCGGCUCCUGGACGACAAGAAUGGGGAGGUGCAGAACCUGGCGGUCAAGUGCCUGGGUCCCCUGGUGGGCAAAGUGAAGGAGUACCAGGUGGAGACCAUUGUGGAUGCCCUGUGUGCCAACCUGCGGUCAGACAAGGAACAGCUCCGAGACAUCGCUGGCAUCGGCCUCAAGACGGUCCUCUCAGAGCUGCCCCCCGCGGCCACAGGCUCUGGGCUGGCCACCAACGUGUGCCGGAAGAUCACGGGCCAGCUCACCAGCGCCAUCGCCCAGCAGGAAGACGUGGCUGUGCAGCUGGAGGCCCUGGACAUCCUGUCUGACAUGCUGAGCAGGCUGGGCGCGCCGCUGGGCACCUUCCACGCCAGCCUGCUGCACUGCCUGCUGCCCCAGCUGAGCAGCCCGCGCCUGGCCGUGCGCAAACGCGCCGUCGUGGCUCUCGGCCACCUGGCGGCGGCCUGCAGCACCGACCUCUUCGUGGAGCUCGCCGAUCACCUGCUGGACCGGCUGCCCGGCCCGCGCGCCCCGGCCAGCCCAGCCGCCAUCCGCACUCUGAUCCAGUGUUUGGGCAGCGUCGGUCGCCAGGCCGGCCACCGCCUCGGGGCCCACCUGGACCGCCUGGUGCCCCUGGUGGAGGAGUUUUGCAACCUGGAUGACGAUGAGCUGCGGGAGUCUUGCCUCCAAGCCUUUGAGGCCUUCUUCAGGAAGUGUCCCAAGGAGAUGGACCCUCAUGUGGCCAACGUGACCAGCCUCUGCCUCCAGUACCUCAAGCACGAUCCCAACUAUAACGACAACAGCGACGAGGACGAGGAGCAGAUGGAGACCGAGGACAGCGAGUUCAGUGAACAAGAGAGCGAGGACGAGUACAGUGACGACGAUGACAUGAGCUGGAAAGUGCGCCGGGCGGCGGCCAAGUGCAUAGCGGCCUUGAUUGGCUCCAGGCCCGACCUGCUGCCCGAUUUCCUCUGCACCCUGGCGCCCGCCCUCAUCCGCCGCUUCAAGGAGCGGGAGGAGAACGUCAAGGCCGACGUCUUCGGGGCCUAUAUCGUGAUGCUGCGGCAAACACGGCCCCCCAAGGGGUGGUUGGAGGCUGUCGAGGAACCCACCCAGACAGGGAGCAAUCUCCACAUGCUGCGAGGACAGGUGCCCCUGGUCAUCAAGGCCCUGCAGCGACAACUGAAGGACCGCAGCAUCAGGGCCCGGCAGGGCUGCUUCAGCCUUCUGACCGAGCUGGCCGGCGUCCUCCCUGGCAACCUGGCGGGGUACAUGCCGGUACUGAUGUCAGGCAUUGUCUUCUCGAUUGCUGACCGCUCCAGCUCCUCCACCAUCCGGAUGGACGCCCUGGCCUUCCUGCAGGGGCUGCUGGGUACAGAGCCUGCCGAGGCCUUCCACCCGCACCUGCCCACCCUCCUGCCCCCUGUGAUGGCCUGCGUGGCCGACCCUUUCUACAAGAUGGCAGCCGAGGCCCUGCUGGUGCUCCAGGAGCUGGUGCGCACCCUGUGGCCCCUGGACAAGCCUCGGAUGCUGGACCCUGAGCCCUACGUGGGAGAGAUGUCCGCAGCCACCCUGGCACGGCUCCGUGCGACCGACCUGGACCAGGAGGUCAAGGAACGGGCCAUCUCUUGCACGGGCCACCUGGUGGGCCACCUAGGUGACCGUCUUGGGGAUGACCUGGAGCCCACGCUAUUGCUUCUCCUGGACCGCCUGCGCAACGAGAUCACCCGGCUGCCCGCCGUCAAGGCUCUGACCCUGGUGGCCAGGUCCCCAUUGCGCCUGGACAUGCAACCCAUCCUGGCCGAGGCGCUGCCCAUUCUGGCCACCUUCCUGCGCAAGAACCAGCGGGCACUGCGGCUGGCCACCCUGGCCGCCCUGGACGCCCUGGCGCAGAGUCAAGGACUCCACCUCCCGGGCUCUGCUGUGCGUGUGGUGCUGGCCGAGCUGCCGGCGCUGGUCAGCGAGAGUGAUAUGCACGUGGCCCAGCUGGCCGUGGACUUCCUGGCCACGGUGACCCAGGCCCAGCCGGCCUCUGUGGCCGAGGUCAGCGGCCCGGUGCUGGCGGAGCUGCUGCGGCUCCUGCGAUCGCCUCUGCUGCCCGCGGGGGUGCUGGUGGCCGCCGAGGGCUUCCUGCAGGCGCUGGUGGGGACGCGGCCACCCUGCGUGGACUACGCAGAGCUCAUCGACCUGCUCAUCGCGCCCGUUUAUGACCCAGAGGGUGGUGGCGCUCCAGCGCUGGCCAAGCAGGCCUUCCACUCCCUGGCGCGCUGCGUGGCCGCCCUGUCCAGCGCCUGUCCCCAAGAGGCGGCGGCCACCGCCCAUCGCCUGGUGUGCGACGCUCGAUCGCCGCACUCGAGCACCGGGGUCAAGGUGCUGGCCUUCCUGUCGCUGGCAGAAGUGGGCCAGGUGGCCGGGCCGGGUCCCCAGCGGGAGCUGAAGGCGGUGCUGCUGGACGCGCUGGGGUCCCCCAGCGAGGACGUGAGGGCGGCCGCGUCGUACGCGCUGGGCCGAGUGGGCGCGGGCAACCUGCCCGACUUCCUGCCCUUCCUGCUGGCGCAGAUCGCGGCCGAGCCCCGGCGACAGUACCUGCUGCUGCACUCGCUGCGGGAGGCCCUGGGCGCCGCGCAGCCCGACGCCCUGAAGCCCUACGCCGAGGACGUGUGGGCGCUGCUCUUCCAGCGCUGCCCCGACGCCGACGAGGGCACCCGCGGGCUGCUGGCCGAGUGCGUGGGCAGCCUGGUCCUCGUCAACCCCCCGUUCCUGCUGCCCCGCUUCCGCAAGCAGCUGGCGGCAGGUCAGCCACAUACCCGAAGCAUGGUCAUCACCGCGGUCAAGUUCCUCAUCUCGGACCAGCCCCAUCCCAUCGACCCCCUCCUGAAGAGCUACAUUGGAGAGUUCAUGGAGAGCCUGCGGGACCCGGAUCUGAACGUCCGCAGGGCCACCCUGACCUUCUUCAACUCGGCCGUGCACAACAAGCCCUCGCUGGUGCGGGACCUGCUGCAGGACAUCCUGCCCCUGCUCUACCAGGAGACCAAGAUCCGCCGGGACCUGAUCCGAGAGGUGGAGAUGGGGCCCUUUAUGCACACGGUGGACGAUGGGCUGGAUGUUCGGAAGGCGGCCUUCGAGUGCAUGUACUCGCUGCUCGAGAGCUGCCUGGGCCAGCUGGACAUCUGUGAGUUCCUGAACCACGUGGAGGACGGGCUGAAGGACCACUAUGACAUCCGGAUGCUCACCUUCAUCAUGCUAGCACGGCUGGCCACCCUGUGUCCUGUGCCUGUCCUGCAGAGGGUGGACCGGCUCAUUGAGCCACUGAGGGCCACCUGUACCGCCAAGGUCAAAGCCGGCUCAGUGAAGCAGGAGUUUGAGAAGCAGGACGAGCUGAAGCGCUCCGCCAUGAGGGCCGUGGCCGCCCUGCUGACCAUCCCCGAGGCGGGCAAGAGCCCCAGCAUGGCCGACUUCUCGGCCCAGAUCCGAACCAACCCCGAGCUCACCGUCCUCUUCGAGAGCAUCCAGAAGGAUUCCGCCUCAGCCCCCAGCACGGACUCCAUGGAGCUCAGCUAGUUGUCCUGCUGCUCAGGAGAGGAGUCCAGCGAGCCCCGUCUCCCCCUCCGCUCCAAGACCGGGGCCUGACUUCUGUCCUUCAUCUCAUGGGGGGCUCUCGGGCCCGGGUUGGGGCUACAGUGCCUUCUCCAGGGACCCAAGCUCGCAGGCCCCCAGCCCCAACCGCGAGGCUGCCAACAGUGGGCCCUUUCACUCAGGAUGUUGUUAGGGGGACAGUGUUUUCCAGUGACCUGUCACCCCUCCAGUUAUUCUGGCUCCUUCAAACUGGGGAGUCCCUGCCUCACUCACCUGCACUCAGAAAUGCAUAGCAUUCAGUCGCUGUCUCCCCUGGUGUCCCUGGCUCCCCACCCCCACCAGUCCUCCUCCUCUGGAAGUGAUCUGGGGUCUCUGCUGCCAUUCAGGUAGUGCUCUGGCCAAGAGUCUUAAGAAUGGGGUGGCAGGUGAGUCAUGGCUGUAAUCCCAGUAACUGGGGAGGCUGAGGCUGGAGGAUUCCAGGUUUGAGGCCUGUCCUCUGAGAAGUUAGCAAGGCCCUGUCUCAAAUCAAAAAGGCUGGGGAUGUAGCUCAGUGGCUGAGCACCCUCAGGUUCAAUCCUCAAUGUGGAAAAAUAUCAGGGUGGGGGUGUCAGCCGUAGGACAUUCCUCCAGCACGUGAGGCUGUGGGUUCCAUCCCUAGCACAACCCUCACUCCCAAAGAAACCAGUUCAGAUACUUGAGUUAUUCAUUCUAAAUUUCAAAAAAUGAGUUAGAAGCAGUGAACCCCAAACUCAGAGGUAUGAGGCUUUUUGUGCAGGGAGGAUACACAGGACAGGGACCUGAAGGGUUGACCCUAAUGUUUCAUAUCUACCUUCAAAUGAUGUAACCAAAUCAGGAAACAGGAAAGUGCGAAUCACUUUUCCUUCACCACUGAGGCAUAACCAGUUUGUGUCCUGAAGAUUUGAACUUCAAUAUUAGACUUUUAGUAUUGAAGUUAAAUAAAAACAGGCCAAAGCUUUUUUUUUCUGUGAUAUGCAAAGCUAAUAAAGGAUAGAUCCUAAAUUGCUA